AUGAAGUCGAAUGGACCCGGACACAUCCAGCUCCACGGCGAACGCUCAGAGACGGCGACCUCCGGCAACGUCGGGAACGAUGGAAGAGUGAAGGUGCGGUUCCACGCCAAUCCGCAGAAGCUCGCGAAAUGGUACCAGGAUUUUCAAGGCGCAUUCGCGGCCGGGCCGAAUGGCGAUGAGAACGAGGAAUUGGAAGAGACACUGCAGAGAAGACGCACCAGCGUGGUGCUGGAGAAUCUGAGACUGGAUCCGCCGGCGAGGAGUCCUCGACUCAAUAUCGCGAUCCACAUCGUCGGAUCCCGCGGAGACAUUCAGCCUUUCAUCCCGAUCGCCCAGCUUCUCAUGAAACCACCAUUCGGCCACCGCGUACGAAUAUGUACGCACCCGGUGUUUAAGGACUUUGUCGAGUCCAAUGGCGUGGAAUUCUUCAGUAUCGGGGGUGAUCCGGAGGCACUCAUGGCCUAUAUGGUGAAGAAUCCGGGGUUGUUGCCGAGUAGGGAGAGCGUCAAAGCCGGUGACAUCAGCCAGAGGAGAAAAGAGAUGGCAGAGAUCAUUGACGGGUGUUGGAGGAGUUGCAUUGAAGCUGGAGAUGGUAUGGGAGACCGAGUCACGGCAGCUACCGUGAAGAAUCCCGACGACCUGUUCGUCGCCGACGCCAUCAUUGCGAAUCCUCCGUCUAUGGCACACAUUCAUUGUGCGGAAAAGCUGGGGAUUCCUUUGCAUAUAGUUUUCACCAUGCCAUGGUGUCCGACGCAAGCAUUUCAUCAUCCUUUGGCAUCGAUGAGCUAUGGAGAAGCUGACACCAGUCCUGCGAACUAUCUAUCCUUUAUUAUGAUGGAACUUCUAACUUGGCAAGGACUGGGCGACUUGAUCAACAAAUUCCGCACUCAAGUCCUGGGACUCGACUCUAUAUCUCCAAUGUGGGGAUGUCAACUACUCCCAAGACUCCGAGUGCCCUUCACGUUCCUCUGGUCGGAGUCCCUGAUCCCCAAACCGGCAGACUGGGAUUCUCACAUCAACAUCACCGGCUUUUCCUUCCUCUCACUAGCCGACAAGUACACGCCACCGCCAGACUUGACAAAGUUUCUCGAAGCCAGCCCACCGCCUAUCUACAUCGGCUUCGGGUCCAUCGUCGUCGAUGACCCAAAAGCUCUGACGCAACUCAUCUUCGACGCCGUGAAGUUAGCUGGGGUCCGCGCCAUCGUAUCCAAAGGCUGGGGCGGGGUUGGAGGCGGCGACAAUGUCCCCGAGAACAUCUACCUCAUCGGUAACUGUCCUCACGACUGGCUGUUCAAGCGUGUCUCAGCUGUGGUUCAUCACGGCGGUGCUGGGACGUCUGCAGCAGGCAUUGCGGCCGGAAGACCAACUGUGGUAGUCCCGUUCUUCGGAGACCAGCCGUUCUGGGGCCAGAUGAUUGCUCGAGCUGGCGCAGGUCCAAUGCCGGUGCCGUUCAAGGAGAUGACUGCCGAGACUCUCGCAUCCAGUAUUGUGUUCGCGCUGAAGCCGGAGGUACAGUUUGCCGUGCAACAGAUGGCUGAACGUAUCGCGCAGGAGGAUGGGGCCGGCGAGACAGCCAAGGACAUUCAGGAACGAUUAGCUCUGGAUGGCAUGCGUUGCGACAUUUGCCCUGAACGCUUGGCCACAUGGCGGCACAAGAAGACCGGGGCGCAUCUCAGCAGCUUUGCGGUGGGCUGCUUAGUCGACAAGGGCCUGAUCAAGCCUCACGAUUUCAAGUUGCUGAGACACAAACAUUGGUAUGUUGAUGAAGGAGCUGAGCAUCCUAUCAUUGGUCUCGUGGCCGCUGUCUCUGGCUUCUUCACUUCGAUCGGCAUAGCGACGUCAGACUACAAGAAGCGUUUACACGCCCGGCCCGAAACAAACCAAGACACGACAAAGAAGGACGAUGAAGCGCGGAAAGAAAGAGAAAAGUCGGUUGGCCAAGGGACGGAUACGACAAGCGACCAACAGCCUGACAUUUGCAACGACCCUGAGUCUGGAAAGGGCCAGCUUGGCGGUGUUAUGCGACAAAACACGUUGACGCCGGAACAAAUGAACGCAAUUGCUUUGAAGAUGGCGUCAAAGUCCUUACGGAACGCGGAUCCACGGGCAGAGGUAUCGAUGUUGGAAGACGUGCCCGAGGGUAGACGCAAAUCCUCGGUUGUGUCUUAUCAAAAGCGGCAGCGUAGCAGGGCAAAAGAAGUCACUCGCGCAACAGGGCGCUACGGUGUCGAGGUUGCGAAGGCAGGCCUCAAAGCACCGGUUGCGGUGUUCUACAACAUGGCGAAUGGCUUCCACAACUAUCCCUCAUAUGGAACCUUCAGCCAUGAGGUCCGAAGAAGGGACGAGAUUACAGGUCUCGGAAGUGGUCUUCGGACCGCAGGGAAGGAAGUUGCUCUGGGAACCUGGGAGGCGUUUCGGGAUAUUGUAGUGAGGCCUUAUGACGGCGCCAAGAAGGAGGGCAUCAAAGGCUUCGGGAAGGGGCUGUGGCAAGGUCGACGUGGGUUUACGUACAAUCUUUUUGCUGCUUUGUUUGGAUUACCCGGAUACACUCUGAAAGGCAUAGAAAAAGAGCUGUCGAAACAUCGCCUGACGAAGCUCAAGGCGGAGGUGUUGCUCAUUCGGUUGAGGCAAGGCAUUCAUGAAUUUCGCAGGGCUUCGGCAGAAGAAAAAGCCGAAGUGAUAGAACGGUGGAACAAAUUUCGAUCUGGACAUGCUUGA